AUGGCUCGUAACGCAGAGAAAGCGCAAAGUACACUCUUCAGAUGGAGGGCCCAGCAAGCGGCAGACCUGGGCAUUCUCGACACAACGCGCACACGGCGACCAAAGGCCAUAUCACAACAAGAAUCCGUACCCACAUGUGAACGCUGGCGCGGCCAGGUGCUCAAAGAGAUCUCGCGCAAAGUUUCCAAGAUCCAGGAUCUAUCGCUCUCAGACUUUCAAAUUCGCGACAUCAACGACGAACUCAACAAGCUCUUCAAAGAAAAAUGGCAAUGGGAAAUGCGUAUUCGCGAACUGGGAGGACCCAACUACAUGAGAGGAGGUGGUCGUGUUGUCGAUGAAGAAGGCCGGGAGAUACAAGGAGGUGGAAAAGGCUACCGCUACUUCGGAAGAGCAAAAGAAUUGCCUGGUGUCAAAGAACUGUUCGAGGCUGCAAAAGCCAAACCGCAGGAAGAGAAGGCCCUGGAGACGCGCUCAGAUCUGCGCCAGAAAGUUGACGCUUCUUACUACGGCUACAACCUUGACGAAGAGGAUGGUACAUUAUUGGCGUACGAGGCACAGAAGGAGAAGGAGGCCUUCGAGCAUACUUUGGACAACCAAGAGCCGGAUGAGGAUGCAGACUGGGAACCUUUGCCUGGAGAUUCUGGAGAUGGUAUCGCAUGGAAUCUCCCGACUGCAGAAGAAGUCGAGACCGAGCUCAUCGAAAGAAGGAAACGAAAGCUGCUCGACAAGCUCUGA